AAACGGUGACGCAGAAGAAGACUGGAGGGAUUGUGAGGAGAGGAGAGGGAGAUAAUGGGUAAACGAGAUGGAGAGAAUGGGUAAACAAGAGGACGAUAUGCAGAGAAAGAUGAUUACCUCACAUCUCGCAUGUCUGACUGGAUGAUUCGCCCUAUUGUGGCGGGAACAAUAACGGUCGCCGUGCGUGGUGGGUUUAAAACCCCAGAGGCGCGAGGACAGCGCGCAAUCUUCGCGGGAGACGAACCGCCAGAGAGGACGCUCUCAUUGAUGGUGUUCACUCUGGUAAGCGGGGCCUCACUGUGUGGUGUGGUGGCCCUCGUGCUCCUCAUCAUCUCCACAGCAACAGACUAUUGGAUGCAGUAUCGCUACUCAGGGAACGCAGCCAAUCAGGGCCUCUGGAGGUUCUGCAUCAAUCGCAAGUGCCACACCCACACGCUCAACGUGGCAUUCUGGGACGCCACGCGGGCCUUCAUGCUGCUGUCGCUGCUGGGUUGUUUCGCUGGAGUUCUUCUGAGCGUCACUGCGCCUAAACGAGGCCGAAGCAAACGAGUGCGGGCCGGAGGAGUCGCUCUGCUUCUGUCCGGAUUUCUCGCGCUCUUGGCUCUGGCGAUCUACACCGGGAUGACCGUCAACUUCUUCGGGAAGCGCUACAUCGGCUGGAGGUUCUCGUGGUCGUAUAUUCUGGGAUGGAUCGGCACCAUACUGGCUCUGGCAGCAGGAGUUCUUCAGCUCUGUGCUUAUCAGAGAAGCUUCAGUGAAGCGCCACCUGUUACUGUCUCUGACAGCUGAACCCUGAUCAUCACAAAACACUGAGCGCUGCAAUCCUGGAGGAAAUAAACUGCGUUUGGACUCUUCUUGGUGCAUGUUUUAUUUUUCCAACAGAACUGAUGGUGCAACAUUUAGUCAUUGACAGGUUAAAAGGCGUACACACACAACACCAUCUGAUGAGGAACAUAUGAUGAUGUUCAGCACACAGGUACUCAUCAAUAUGUUCACAAACACAUUAGUAAACAUCGUUAACAAAGGUUUCAAAAGUAUCCACAAAACACCCCUGUAUUACUGUAUAAGUUUGUCUUUUUAAUUAAGUUUAUAUGCAAAAAGAAAUGGGGAGAUUUACAGCGUUUAUAAUCUUAAAUAAUCUUAAUUUUAUAUACAUUUGAUGUAAAUAAACUUAAAAGUUGAAUAUAAAAUGUGUAUUAUGAAAUAAAACUAGUGUUAAUAUUGCUUUAAUUUAACAAAUGUUUGCUAAAGUCAGUGUUUGAUGAAACUGGCUGAUAUUAAAAAUAUAAAGAUUAUUCUAAAAUUUUCUUUAAAAAAGUUGAUUGCAUUCAGAGUCAAAAAUACACAGUUGUGGGUUGAUAAUAUUCAUUGAUAGUGUUGUCAAAUGUCACUGAUAUUUUCGUCAUGUUUAUGUUAAUAAAAAUUAAGUUUAACUUAUUAAAAAUAUUUAACGCAAUUAACGUUUAAAAUAUAGCCUUCUGCAUUAUUUUGGAUAU